GCGUCAAAAUGGCGUCUAAAAAGUCCAAAGAAACCUUUACUGUGAAAAAUGUCAAUAAUGGGCUUAGAAAAAUAUGUAAACCUGUUAUCAGUACAGACGUAAUGGGUAACAGAAAUGUUGAAGUCCGCGCUGUUGGUGCUUGGGUUCAACCAGCAAGCGCUUAUUCAUCAGAAGCGGUGCAUGCAGCCCAUGAAGAACAGGAAAGAAUUCAGAAAAUGCAAGAAGAGAAAAAUGCUAGACUGAAAAGAUUCAGGGAAGACGUCAAACAUAGAGUCAGUAUGCUGGAAAAGGCAAAAAGGCAGCAACAGCAAGACAACACAAUUAAAGCUGUUCAACAUGAACAUAAAGUUGUAAGACAAAGUGCUUUUGGUGAUAUGGCUCAUCGGAAAGAUAGCUGUCUUGUUAGAAAGGAUAAUACUUCAUUGGGAAUGAGGCCAAAGUCAGCUCCAGAUGGGAGAAGACUGCAAGAUGAUGGCACAGAUUAUAGAGCUUUCUGUGAUCAGACAAAUGAGGUUCAUAAACUAACAAACCAAGCAAGAAGACAGUUGGCAAAGAAACAAAUAAUUACUGAUGAUUUCAUGGCAGAUGAUUUACCUGGAGGUGUAUGGAAAGUUUCAAGUACAAGAGAUCACCCUGCUUCCAGAAGUACAGCUGAUCCUGAAGUAUUUGAUAUAGAAGAUAGCGAGUCUUUAGAUUUACAAGAUGAGGAAAAAGAAAAUAUAGAAACAAGUAGGUUGAAGGUUGUCCACUUUGAUAAGGAACCAAGUAAAGGAGAAACAAGAGAAGAGAGGAUUAGCAGAAAAAGUGCAACAACGUGUAAAGGAACACAAGUUAUGAGGAAUGUUCCGAGAGUCAAGCAGGUACCUAAUAUUUACAAUGGGGUUCAGUCUGAGGAAGAAAAAAGACGACAGAAAAGUGAACAUGCAACAUACAGACGACUAUUUAUGGAUUUAGAGAGAGAACAAGUUAAAGAAAAUAUUAGACGUCAGGAACACAGGAAAAGAAUAUUGAAAUUAAAAAAGGAUAAGGAAGAAGAAAGAAAGAUGCAAGAAACUGCAGCAAAGGAUUUAAUAGAACCAAGAGAUCCUCUAACAGGAGAAUCAGCUCUAGAACUAUUAGUACGUGAAAUAGAGGAACAUAAAUAUGUACGCCAAAAAGUACAAGAAAAUGAACAGAGAAUCAGAAAACAGAGAGAAAUGGAAAGAUUUGUGGAAGCAUUAAAACAUCAGUUAAAAGAAAGGAUAGGAAUUAGAGGGAAGCUUCUCCCAGCUAUGUGUUGUUGUGGAGAAACUCUAUGGGAUACAAACCCUGAUACAUGUGCCAAUAAUUGUGUAUUUUAUAAAAAUCAUAAAGCUUAUGCCAAAGCACUGCAAUCAUUGCUAGCAUCAUGUGAAAUAGAUUAGCUGAAAUUUACAAUCCAUAAAAAAUGACAAUAGACAUUAUGCACGAACCUUCAAAAAAAGCAGAUCAAGGUUGAAAGUCCUGAGUUCUUGGAAUUAAGCAAGGGAUAAAGAGUAAUCAAGAAAAGAUGAUAAGAACAUUCUACACAAGCAAGGAACAAUCACUUUAUCUGUAAAUGUUACCAUUCAAAAGCCUGUUAUGUGGAAAGAAUUAUUUUGAUGGAAAUGUAUGCAGUGUGAACAAUAUGAAUACAAUUCAAAAAGACUAUUCAUGAUCCAUAUGUUUAAUUUUAUAUGAAUAUUUCAAAGUAUAAGUACAAUUUUUUUUCAAUAUUUUGAAAUUUAUGUUUUUUAACUUUAGAAGCUUAUUUUUAUUUGAUCCUUUAUGAAAAAAAAAAAUACAUAUAUGGUUCCUCUUUAUUUUAGUAUCUUUACAGCAAUUAUAUGUUUGUUUUAGUUGUUAAAAGUAUCUGUGAUAAAUAUUUUAUAUCAGUAAAAUAUGGAAAUAAAAAAG